AUGAUUGUGUCCAACCUUAGCCACAGUUGCACUAAGGCUAACAGCGCUUGGUGUGUAAGCAGUAGUGAUGGGCACUUGGAGGCUGCGGCGAACCGUACUCUGAGUUCUACUGGACAUCUCAUAGUAGCUGUGUAUCUGGGUUUUAUCGGCACCUUUGGGUUUUCAAACAACUUACUGGUUCUUGUGCUGUUCUGCCGCUUCAAAGUGCUGCGGUCACCCAUAAACCUGCUGCUGAUAAAUAUUUCAGUCAGCGACAUGCUUGUCUGUAUGGUGGGGACUCCUUUUAGUUUUGCGGCCAGCACGCAGGGACGCUGGCUAAUAGGAAAAACGGGAUGCGUCUGGUAUGGAUUUAUAAAUUCUUGUUUAGGUACCGUGUCUCUGAUUUCCCUGGCUGUGCUUUCCUAUGAGCGCUACUGUACAAUGAUGGGCACAACAGAGGCAGAUGCCACAAACUACAAUAAAAUAGCCAUUGGCAUUUUGCUUUCUUGGAGCUAUUCUUUACUAUGGACUUUACCUCCACUGUUUGGAUGGAGUAGCUAUGGACCUGAGGGUCCUGGAACAACAUGCUCGGUAAACUGGUACGCCAAGGAUGCAAACAACAUCUCUUAUAUCGUGUGCCUCUUUAUCUUCUGUCUUGUGAUACCGUUUUUGGUCAUAUGCUACUGUUAUGGAAAGUUGCUGUAUGCAAUCAAGCAGGUGAGUGGUGUUAAUGCAGGUAUGGCAAGAACACGAGAGCAGCGGGUCCUCCUCAUGGUGGUUACCAUGGUGAUCUGCUUCCUGCUGUGCUGGCUGCCCUAUGGGAUAGUCGCUCUUCUGGCCACAUUUGGGAAGCCUGGUCUCAUUACACCAGAGGCCAGCAUCAUCCCAUCACUGCUUGCAAAGACUAGCACAGUUGUCAACCCUAUCAUAUACAUAUUUAUGAACAAACAGUUCUACAGGUGCUUUCAAACUUUUGUGAGAUGCCCAAAUCCUUCGUUCACCUCGAGCUUCAGGAGUACCUCCAAGAUGACCAAACCGGGUCGUAAAAGCAGAAAGGCAGAGACCAACAAUGUUGCCAUCGCAGUGGCUUCUAUGGGUCAGCCAUCUACCUUUUUUCAGAACCGGACAAACCGCAAUGGUGAACAGGGAUCGUCUUUCGAGAGGUCAAAGCCUGUAGUGUCACUUGUUGCUCAUUAUAACGGCUGA